AUGUGGGACCAAGGUUUAUGUGUUUUGCCGGAGUAUCCGGAGAACGGUUCUUUCAAUAUUAUACCGUACAAGAAUGAAAACUCUUCGAAUUCAACUAACUUUCGUCUGAAAUAUGACUGCGUGGAACCGUUUGUAAUAGUGGAGAAGUUAAUACACGAGUGCCUUGGCGGCAACUGGUACAACGAAACUGACAACCGUUAUUGCUCAGAGGCUUGCGAACUAAGUUCGUACAAGAAUGACAACUUUACUUUUACGUGUCCAAAGGAUAUAGACGGUAAUGACACAUGCAAGGACUACGUGGCCAUCAAUACCAAUGUUACUGUAAGAAAAGCGUACGAGGAUCCCGAAGAUGAGACAACGAAUAAGAAGAACGUCACUGUGCAAUUAUUCUGUCCCCCUAGCAAGGAAAUCAACAUAUCCACGGGCUGUGUCGAUGAGGUGGACAAAAGACAGCAGGCUUUUGAAAGUCCAACCAUGACCAAGAUGACCCAAUACGAGGCUGAGUUCAACAAGUUCAAAUCUAAUGAUAGUUCCAAUGAAUUUGAAGAAUUGGUAAAUAAAUUCAAUGAAUUUGAGAAAUUGGUACGGAAUGAGUUGGACGAGAUGCACGAAAUGGCCGAUAAAUGUGAUAUUUCACUAGAUUUGUUAUUGUCGCAUCUGCAAAGGAAAAAAGUAGAACAAGGAAUUGAAAAUUAAUAUUGUGAACGAUAUUUU